AAGACUCUUAUUUCACUAGCUGUGCAAUACGCACGCUUGUGGCCGAGGAGAUCCCUUAUGUAUACCCUUUCAAGGGGGAAGUUGCAAUUCUGAAGUCUAAAUAUAUGGAUGAAAAAAUUCAUCAAAAUACUAAAAGUGACGCCAGAGACGGCCACAGAUGCAGUAGUUACUACUAGUUAGCAAUAAUUCAUUUUUUAUUAAACAAAUAUGCUCUUCGGGUUACCAUGCCAUUUUAUCAAGCGGACUGAACAUAUGGUAAUGUUAUUUGUCCAAAUGUUGAGCACGCUAAAGGCAAGCCUAAUUGAUUCCCCUGUUUUCCCUAUAAAAUCAAAGAAAACACACUGUUCUUGUGCUGCUUUUUUGCUCUAGUGAUUAUGGGACAGAGAUAUGCCUGAAACCCCAGAGUCAUACUCUAAAUAUUUAGUAAUAAUGAUGCGGAAUAAUAAAGUAUUUGAGUAAUGAAUCCUUUGCCAUAAUGGUUCCCUGACCUUUGCCAUAAUGGUUUAGUCCAUGCUUUGCUGUAACUUUCCAUCACGUGGCAAUGCCUGUGCUAGAGAGGGGGAUGGGUGUUGCUAAGGGACAGACUGUGCAGUGCUCUUCUCCAGUGUGCUGCUAGCUAGUCUGUGUUGGUUGUUAACAACUUGUAGUGAAUGUGCGGUUAUUCUUUGUACCAUGUUUAUUUCACCAAUAUACAGUAUUCUUCUUGCAUCGUAACAAUGGAAGAUUAUUAAUUUAGUAAACUUGUAAUAGUAUGAGUUUGGCACCUCCUCGUUUUUCUCCCUUAGUGGUGCUGGCCUCAUGCUCCCUGAAAGAGCAAAAAAUACGGAACACUUUAAUAUUUUUUAGAAAAACGAGUCCUUCCACACCCUGAUCACAAUGUGUUUGUGCGAAUCUUAAGUGUUUUUGCUAUCUUAAAAAAACACCCCCUUUGCUUGAAUGGUUUACUCCAAGUGUGACUGCGGCAGAGGUUGUUCCAGAGUGGGGGAGGGGAGCUGCACUGUGGAAGAGCAGGGUGUCAGUUGGUGCACUCAUUUGGACUGCUAGGUGGAGUUCAGGAAACAAUGUGCACCAAACUGGUUCCAAACAAGUACAUUUUUUUGGACAUGUGGCAUUCCUGCUGAUUGAUAGUAUAACCGCACCGGGACUUUUGACUAUGCAUGUAUCACUCCGCUUUACAGGGGUCUCAAGAACUGUUAAUUACAUUGAUUGUAAGCUGUUAGCUCUUCAGAAUCACACGUGCCACCAAAGUGAUUGUUGUCAGAUUUAUUUCACUGGCUACACAAUAAAUGGAAAUGUACGGAUAUAUGUAUAUGAUAUAAAGUAGCUGGCCUGGGGUGACGUGAAGAAUAGACAAACAAAAUGUGGAAGGAAAAAUGUUUGUCGCAUGAAUACAGGCCAAUCCUUAUUCAUUUGGGGGAACUACUUUUGUGGACUGAGCCUAAUAAAUGAUUAAAUUAACACAUCACAAACUGUCACUUAUUUUUAACUAAUACAUGACACUUGUAGAACUCUUGUGCUUUUCUACGGCCUCAUACCUACGACCGAAUCACAGCGGUGCUGACAUUCACUAUAACAGCACUCCCCCUGGUGUAAUAUUGCUUUAAUAGCUCUGCGACUAUUUAUUGUAUUCAUGAAGGACAGGUUUGUCUUAUCAAAUCUUAAUCAGCAGGUGAUCGGGGACCCUCGCCACAGCCAAUAUGAGGUUCUGUAUGCCAAAACAUGUGUUUACCCCCACCAAUCAAGAGCAAGUGUUAUAUAACUCAAAGAAAUCUACAAGUUGUGGUUUUUAGAAAACUUGAAUUGAACGACAAAACCAAUUAGGUUUUCAGAAAUGUACUUCAUUGAAUUGUAUUACUUUGUUGAGAAAGCUCAUUAUUUUUCUUAGUUUCUAUGCAUUUUGACAUGGAUAUCCCUUCUUUUGAAGUUUUGACAGGUUUUCUAUAUUUGGAUGAACUUUCUUAUCAAAAGAGCAAAAGUAGGCAGCAGUUUCCGCCACUUAUGCAAGUGAGUUCAAGCUAACGAUAAUUUGGUAUUUAUUAAAAAGAUUGUGUGGGGUAAGCUUUGGGGUUAACAUGCAAUAUUGUCUUGUAAACUAAAUAACCAAAAAAUUGUGAAUGUUUUUUUUUUUACAAAUGUAUAGCACACUUUAGAAAGGGAGUUGAUUCCACUUGUUGCCCUGGAAAAUCGUAGAAAACAAACAUUUUUUUUAUUUUUUUUCUCGUGCUAAUAAGAUAUGCUGGAAGUCCUACACUCGAUAUUUCGUCAAAAUGUUGCUCCAGUACUUUGCGUAAUGGAUCCUUUGACCUUGGCCAUAAUGGUUUAGUCCAUGCUUUGCUGUAGCUUUCCGUCACGUGGCAAUGACUGUGCUAUAGAGGGGGAUGGGUGUCCCUGCCAGACUGUGCAGUGCACUUCUCCAGUGUGCUGCUAUCUAGUCUUUGUUGGUUGCAGGUAACUCAUAGUGAUGAAUGAAUGCAUGCAAUUAUUCAGUGUACCAUGUUUUGUGUCCUCUAUCAACAGUUAUUCUUGCAUUGUAAGAAAUAGUCUUAGUUUGGCUCCUCCUUGUUUUUUUGCCUUUGUGUUGCUGGCCUAGUGCUCCCUCACACAGUGCCUAGUUUUAGCUAGCAUUUUGAAAAAAAUUUUUUUUCUAAAACCCUGAUAAUAUAUAUUGUGUGUAAGUAAGACCCUUUAGUGUGUUUGAUAAACAAAUAAUAUAGAAUCCCCGUCUGAUUGAAUGGUUUAGUCCACGUGUGACUGCGGAUGAGGUUUUUCCAGAGUGGGGGAUGGGAGCUGCUCUGUGGUGGAGUAGAAUAGCAGGGUGUACUCUUGUUUGAACUGCUAGCUAGGUUGAGUUGAGGAAACCAUGUGCUAUGCUACUAGUUAUUGUUUUGUAUGUAGGACACAUGUGUCGGAUCACACUUAAUCAGCAGAUGACCAUAGCCAUAAGAGGUUAGGCGUGCCAUAGCAUAUGAAUAGUAUUCAGAGGGGGGGAAGGGUGGCUCGGAGGGACACUGCAGUGCACUGCUAGCUAGUCAGAGUUGGUUGUCAACAAACUUGUAUGGAUUGUGAAUCUGCAGAUAUUUAGUGCGCCAUGUUUGUGUCAUGUCAAAAAAAUAUGCUUGCAUGGGAAAUACAAAAGAUUACUUUACUUGGUAAAGUCUUAGUUUGGCUCCUCCUGGUUUUCUCCCUUUGUGUAGCUGGCCUCUGGCUCCCUCAAACACCAGAAGAAACACACUUGAAUUUCACACACAGCCUAGUAUUUAGCUAUCAUUUAGAUAAUAUCGUUUUUCCACACCCUAAUAAAUUAUCUAUGAUUGAAUAUUCUUAAGAAUCAUGUGUUUUUGUUCAACCAAAAAAAAUUCCCCUCUGGUUGAAUGGUUUGGCCCAUGUGUGACUGCAGCAGAUGUUGUUCUAGAGUGGGGGAAGGGAGCUGCUCUGUGGAGGAGUAUUAUGUUCGGGUGUGCAUUCGUUUUAACUGCUAGCUAGGUUGAAUUGACGGAACAAUGUGCACCGCUAAGACUCAUCAGCUGUGGUAAAAAUGGAAGUCGCUGUUGCAGAGGAGAAGAAGAAAAUUUUCCGUGCCAGGAAAACCAUGAAGAUCAGUGAUCGCCAACAACUUGAGACACUUCACAGCACCUUGUUGUCGAGCGGGGCCACCCUGUCUAAUCCCUCUCCGCCUCCUAUGCAGAAUGGAAGGCACAAGGAGGACGGGCAUAAAGUGCUGGAUAAGGAACGCCACGACGCAUCCGACUCCCAGGCUAUGUCGCCAACCUCACCAGGGUCCUGCGGCUCGCCCACACCUUCGCUGUCCCUCAACUUGUCCCCCUCACCCCCUAUUUGUGAGGCUACCACUUUCCCCACGUCCCCAUUCCGUUCGCUGAACUUUGACCUCGGCAAGAGCGCUGACGGGGUCAUGGAAGGCUCUCCAUCCAAUGGCAGCUCGGCGGCGGCUCCAACGCAGCCCAAGGCUGGCAAUGACGCCAAGGCUGCCAAAAUAGAUACCAUCACUGAAAACAAAAAGGAUGAAAAAGCUACAGCAGAGCCACCAGCCACAGACUCUUCGAAAGAGUCGGGUAAAAAUUCAGUGUCGAAUUCUUCGCCUCCCACCCCUCCCCCCAUCAAAAAAGUGGAGAAAGACGGCCGUUCAGAGUCGGGCAUCACACAGGACAUGGAAGUGGUUGGUGACACUACGAUAGCGAAAAACUCAACAGCAAAAACGAAAACAGACAAACCCUCUUCACCAAAACCCUCUCCAUCUCCAUCCACCUCCACGACUCCGAUGAAGCAGCACGAAAUCAAAGUUCUGGAACCAAAAGAGGAGAAGAAGGUGCCGGGAAAAAGUAAACAGAAGGACGCCAAAGACGAGGUCAUUAAGGAUGUUAAAGAGGAUGGUAAGAAGGGGGCUACAAAGGCGGAGAAGAUGGAGGUUGACUUUGUGAAGGUUGACGCAAAGAAGGAAAAGAAGGAUGCUGCUGUAAAGACCCCAAAGUCGUUUCGUCCCUCCUUCACCCCUCUGGUAUACACAGACGUGCAGGAAAAGAGCAACACCGUAGGUCUGAAGCGAGUGUUGUCCGAGGGCGAGGAGAAGGAGACGGAGAAGGUUGAGCGGGAUGGGAAACGGCCCAAGAUCGACGGAGUGGAACUAGAAGCUCAACUGGAGCUCAAGAUUACUGCAAAAGCUGGCAGUCGCCUUAAACUUGAAAAGGUGGUGCAGCAGUUGGUCGAGGAUCGGUUGCGAGUCUUGCAGCAAACAGUUUUUGACCAGAACUUACAAGAACUGAAGGAGAGAGUACUGAAGAUCGACUCUGCCACCAAACACCAAUCAACACUAAACACACUUCAAGCAAAGAUAUCCCGGCUCACUAAGAAGUUUGGCGAGGCAAACCAGGCCUUGGAGAACAAAAGAAAACAGGAGGUUAUUGCUGCGGCAACUGCUGCCGCCACGGCAACUGCCGCUACCAGUGCAACCGCUGCCGCUGCUAUGGCAGUCCAAACCGCUGCUGCUGUUGCCAGGGCUCCGGGACCGUCGGGUUCUCCUUCAAUCCCACGGCUAGUCCGGACGUCCAUGGAGAUAAAGCAGACAAUGGCAGGCCCUGCUUCCGCUACUACUACUACUACUGCUACUCCUGCCCAAUCUCUGACGACCCAAGCACUCGUCCCCGCCACCUCAGUGGUCUCUGCCCACACCCCGAUCCUCCAGCUGAUCACCUCCAGCGCCAACACCCUCUCCUCCCUUACCUCGGGAAGUAUCACCACUCAAAGCCCCACAGGAACCCUCCUGGUCAAGGCCACCUCCGGGAGUGGCAUGGUGGGCCAGGGGCAGCAGCUGCUUAUCCAGCUUCCGUUGGUGUCGUCCUUCUCCGCCGGCUCUUCCCUCAACAAGGCAAAGACCACGACCCCCACCACCACGUUCAUACUGAAGCCAGCCACCGCCACCGUCAUGACGGCCCUGCAGAACAGUACAGGUCAGAUGUCCCCGGCACAGAUCUCCCUGGCACGGGCCGUCUACCAGGGCGGAGCCGGGGGCAUUGGCUCUCCAAACGCCGGGGUGUCGAUAACCACAGCCAGAGCCCCAGCACAGCUGAUGUCUGUGGCUGGAGCAGUUACAUCCACCUUGAGCCUUGCCACCUCCGGACCGGCCGCAACUGGCUCCACGGCCCCGGGACCUCCACAGGGGACAUCUUUGACCUCCAAGACAGACAAUCAAACUCCAAGUGGCACUCCAACGAAGGUAGCAUUGUCCACACCAAGACCUAAAGGUUCGGUCAUAGACCUUACUGAGGACGAUGACGAUGUGCAAGUGAUGGGAGUUAAGAAGGCCACAGUCCCGCCCUCGCCUGUUACCGCACGUCCUGUGAUCACCAUCCCUAACAAUCCUGCAUCAAGGUCAUCGCCACAAAUCCAUCUGAUCGGUGCAAAUAGUCCUCAAGUGACAGUCCAUCACCCUCCAGUGGAUCGCCCUGCAACCACACCUACAAGCCGGCCCCCACCCACUGUGCUACCUCCCCUCCCCAUGGCCCAGCAGCCCGUGGGACGUCUUCCCAUAGAGGCCAUCCAGACCUCUCCCCCACAGCAGCCCCAGCUCAAGCUAGUGCCCAGCCCGACCGGCAUCGUGCUGUCCUGGUGCGUGGCAGAAACUGACCGCUCCUGUGCUGCCGUCGACAGCUACCACCUGUUCGCCUUCCACCAGGACAACGCCAACUCCAACAGUUCUGCCCAGCAGCAUUGGAAGAGGAUUGGGGAGGUGAAGGCCCUCCCACUGCCCAUGGCCUGCACACUCACCCAGUUCCAGUCUGGCUCCACCUACCACUUUGCUGUGCGAGCCAAAGACAUCUAUGGCCGCUUUGGCUCCUUCUGUGAGCCCCAGUGUACCAAUGUCAUCCAUUCCAACACCAGUUGAGCUUAGAAGCUAUCAUGGAUAGAAGUGUUUUGGUGAGUGAUAAGUCAUGGUGACUCCUUUCACUGCAUCGAUGGUGUUAAGAAAAUUUUACCUUCCUAUUACCAAAAUGCAAAGGUGUUGACCAUUUUUGGUAUCUGCAAAUGAUUCUGGCGGCUAUGGUUAAUGUGCUGCCCAGUGGAUACGUUGUUUAUUGCCAGUAUAGGCAGUUGUACAUAAUGAGAUUGUUUAGACCCUACUGAAUCAGAUAUUUAUGAUGUUGACAUCUGUUCUGCUGACUCAUGUUAUGUUCCUGUUCUGGACAGUAGACGACAGAACAAUCAAUGUUAGAAUUUGCAGAAUUGCAUACAAAUGCAAAUAUGCUCAGUAGAAACUGAAUGAUUGUAUGUUUUUUAUGUUUUGUCUGGCAACCAGACUUUGACAAACACAAUAAAUGUUUUUUUAUAAAGAGUGAUUUUCUUUAUGCUUAAUUACAAUCUAAUUUGACAAAAGCAUGACCCUUUUUUUUACAGGUGACUUGUCUUUUUUUUCUUCUGUAAUUAUAUUAGUAAAUGUGGGCUGAAGUUUGUCUAAACUUACAAAGGCACUGUCAAGCAGUAGCUAAGGAAGUAGAGGGUGAAGGAAUUAAGGCUGGUCCAAUACCUAGCCAAGGCUCUGACGGGUUUCCCUUGCUCGAAACCGAAUCCUAACUCCUGAGAUAGUGUGACAGGUCUGUGAAUGUGAGGCUCGAUUUGUAAAAGGUGUUGAGUGGUCCUAUAUAUAAAUACAAUCCAUUUAGCUUUAGUUGUAAAUAUAGAGGUUACCGGAUUGGCAGGCUGUAUAAUUGUUUUAACCAAAACAAGUCAAUCGGGACACAUUUGUUAUCCUAUAAAGAAGUGGAAAAGUGAUGUGAAGGGGCUGCCCUUGUUUCUUUAAGUGGCAAAUUUUACGUUUUUUCGGAAGAGCAUUUAUUCAUGCUUCUGAAAUAGUAAUGGCUGACAUGUGAAAAGUUUAAAACGCAUGUCAUGUAGUGUAGGGAAAAUAAACAUUUAUGCACAUGCGUUUAUAAAACAAAUGCAUUGCUCACUUUAAGAAGUAGCCUACUAAACUUGCAAACCAAUUACAAUUUAAACUUACAUUAAUAUGGUUUGAAAAAACUGUCUUACCCUACGCUCGGUAUUAGUCUGUCUGGCGUUUGGCCAUUCUGAUUUACAAGGAUGACUUCAUUGUUGUCGAUGCUGCACAAUUUUACAACAUUAUACAACAGAUAGGCCCGAACAAGAUUGGACAAGAGACAUUCCAUGAAUGCUGAUAGAGUUGCUUAUUAUUACUGUUCAUUAAUAAAUUGUGCGUCAGAACUGUGAAAGUCAUGCGGUUAUACGGAAUAUCCGCAAGACUGGGACUGCGGUCUCGUACCCAAAACCGAAUCACAGUCGUGCUGAUAUUCGGUGCAACAGCAGCAGUCCCCCUCGUGUGAUAUAUCGGCUGUUUCCCAAUGUGAAGGCUGCAGCCUUGCUAGGACGCGUCCUUGCUAGUCAGGUCCUAUGGAGAUGGGACUAGAGUGCUAGCUCGAGUGCUUUCGUUUGUAACGUUCAGACUUUAGAACGACUUGCUAGUGUGGAAGCGCUUCCGCUGCACAACAUGGCAGCAAUCAAGCUGAUCGAUAUUUAUUUCACUUUUGUCUGUUAUGAAUGCGGUCAUGUCUCCUUCGCAUGGAGCCUCUUUGAGGAAGUCACAAAAGCUUUGUUGCGGUUGAUCGAAUCGUCUUUAUUAAAAAGAAAAUACAUUACAUUUUUAUAAAACUAAGUGAAAUUGUCUGAGAACUUAAUUCAUGCAUCACAUUUACAGUACGUGCACUGCUUUCCCUCUGCCAUUUUUUAUAUCCCGUGCAGCGUGUGAACGCAGAGGAUUGUGGGUAGUUUUGUCUCGUCUCUGGCCGUUUCUCAAUUCGCGUACUUGUGCGUGCUCGUGUGCUCGUGGACUCGUGAAACGUCAUCAGUCGUUGCCCGAGCACUGUUCCAAUUCGAAGCACGCAUCAAGCGAGUACUGUCGUAAAACCCGGAAGUGUUCUUGAUGCGUGCUCGAUCUCGCCGUUUCACCCGGGCCGUGGCUGUUUCCCAAAGGCCGUUUCUCAAUUCGUAGCACGGGUACUACGGACUCGAUGACUUGCUAGCACGUACUUGGCAAGUCUGUACUUCAAGCACAUACUUGCGAGCACGCGAGUACGUACCUGCAAUUGGAACAGCAGCGGACUCGAUGACGUCACCACCUCUGCUCGUCCGUUAACUGUGCUACGGCCUCAUUUAGGCAUAUACUACUGAACAAUAUAAACAAAUGAUAUAAAACAAAAUCCCAGCCUCUUUCAUUUUCAAAUAGUAUGUAAAUAUUCUGAAUGAAUAACAAUUGAAAAGAUAUGAGUGUCCUGUCAUGUGUAUAAGCUAUACACACACACGACCUUACAUAUAUAUAUUUAUAUAUUAUUAUUAUUAUAUUAGGCCUAUAUAUUAUAUAUUAUAUAAAUAUAUAUA